AUGCAACCUACAACCACUACUACUGUAGCGUCUUCUACGACGACUAAACCUACGACUCUCAGUACAAUCCCAACCUCGACGUCGACAGAACCUAAUACCUCCAAUACAAUCCGAACCUCCAUGACGACAGAACCUGCAUCUACUACUACUGUAGCUACUGUAGCGCCUACAACGACAACUCAACCUACGACAUCCAGUACAGUCCCAGCCUCCACGACAGCAGAACCUGAGAGCACUACAGCAGAACUCAUUUCGACAAGCAUGCCGCGAAAUCCUACAACGAGGGUAACCACGACGACCACCACUGUAGAGACUACUACGUCAAGUGAGCCUGCGACCUCUAGUACAGUUCUAGCCUCCACCACGAUAGAGUCUAAGAGCCCCACAACGAAUCUUUUCUCAACAAGUAUCUUGCCGAUUUCGACUACAAAAGUUCCUUCGACCUCCAGCACAGUACUAUCCUUCAACGGUGAUAAAACCUACGAUCAUCACUGGAAUGACUUCGACGACAAAAGAACCUGCCAGUACAACGACGGUGCAUGCAAUCAUGACCGCAGUAUCUACAACAACUUCUCAGGAGCCGCCAACUGCAUCAGGCUCAACUUUAUCAACGACAAC